CCGGACACCGCUUGCUCCUCCGUUUUAUCAUGAAUCAUUUCCUAGCCUCAGACGAACGAUCUGAAGGCUAUACGCAUGUUCUCCUGAUUACUACAGGCAGUGUAGCCUCCAUCAAAGCUCCUCUCAUCGUUCAAGCACUCGCACAGUACGACAAAGUCAAAGUUGAAGUAGUCGCUACCCAGCCUUCAUUAGCGUUCUACGACCCCGCCGACAUUGUAAAAUCCGGAUCUAGGGUCUGGACAGAUCAAGACGAAUGGACGGGGAAGUUUAAGAUCGGCGACCCUAUUCUACACAUCGAGCUCAGACGAUGGGCGGACAUCGUCCUCAUAGCCCCUUGUUCUGCCAAUACGUUAGCGAAGAUAGCCGGAGGGAUUUGUGAUAACCUUGUGACAUCACUCCUCAGAGCGCUCUCUUCAAAUACACCGACAUUCGUCUUCCCAGCUAUGAACACUCUAAUGUAUGACCACCCUUUGACCGCGGAACAUAUCAGAGUCGUACGGGAGAUCAUUGGGUACCAAGUUGUUGGACCAAUCGGGAAACAGUUGGCAUGCGGCGACGUAGGUCUGGGUGCAAUGACUGAAUGGCGGGACAUUGUGAAUAUUGUAGUCGAAAAAUUCAACCUACGUCAUACAGACAAUCAAUGAUCAGGGUCCU